AUGGGUAGGAGAGGCCGAUAUGCGUGCCUCAGCUACUGCUGGGGAAAGUCCGAGUUUACGGUAACAACACGGGGCAACCUUAAAGGCCACCUAGAACUGGGAAUCGAACUCAAAGGCCUCCCACAAACAUUUCAGGACGCCGUUGAGGUCGCCCGAGAACUGAAGUUGCGAUAUCUGUGGAUUGACGCCCUCUGCAUCAUCCAAGAUGAGGACGAUCACGAAGACUGGAAGCGCGAAUGCGGUAACAUGGCGAGCAUUUAUCGUAACUCCUACCUGACUAUAGCUGCGGCUUGGGCAACCUCAGCCAACGGCGGCUGUUUCACUACACCAGAUCCCGGCGUUGCCAUUGGGCCUGUCAUGGCGCGCAAGGGCAUGGACUUUUCAAGAGCGAUUGUUGGCACGCAGGAGCUGGAAUCCUUACGUCGGGAGUGGUUCCCUGACGCGGCGUAUGAGAUUGAAGAGAUACCUGUCAUUUAUAUUAUUCCAAUGGUGACAAUGCCGACUUUUGGCGAAUGGCGCUUCAACGGGCUUGUCGUCAAGCGCUCCGGUCAGGGUACAGAGAUGACACGCGUAGGACUAGCGACUUAUUACCAGAAGGGAGAUUUCUUUACCUUCUUUGACUGUGAAAAGCAGGUAGUCAAGAUUGUUUAA